CAGGGCACUCAGCACGCAAUUGACGCUAGUAGCAUGUUCCACCCGCACAUAAUGGCCACCCAGCGAAGGAUCACUCGAAGUCAUGGAGGCCCCGAGCGACGAGUUUUUCUUAUUUGUCUCUCCACCUGUGGAUAACCCAAGAGAAGCGUUACCAUGGCACUUUGGGUGUUACCUAAACUCAAUUCGCGACUCGGAACAUUGCGAGCGUAUCAUUUGGCCGCCAUCGUGUUCAUCUCCUCUUUCUUGUCGGGUUAUGACUCCGGUAUCGCGGGCGGAAUCCUCAGCUACAGUACCUUUGAGAAAGAUUUUCGCUACACCAGCGCCCAUGAAUCCAAGGUCUCUUCCUUGACAGUGGGUCUUGAACAGUUGGGGUCUUUUGUCGCAGCUCUUGUCGCCUAUUACCUUACCGAUAAGUUCGGGCGCAAAUAUGUCAUCAUUGGCUCAACUGCUAUAUUCUGUGUCGGGGUCAUCAUCCAGGUUAUCAACACCCACUCGCUUGGUGCCUGGUACACGGCUCGGAUAAUUGCUGGUAUUGGAAUGGGAGGCCAAAGCGUUGUCGUCCCUAUGUACUCGGCGGAAAUGACGCCAAAGGAAAUCAGAGGACGCUGCGGUUCUUUCUAUCAAUGGCUAUACACAUGGGGUAUCCUCGCAGCUUACUGGAUAGACUAUGGUGUCGCUGAAAGUGCAUCUAUCUCGAAAACCUCGCGAGAAUGGCAGAUUCCUGUGUGUCUACAGCUUGUAUCUGGAGGAAUAAUGGUGAUCGGAGCAUUCACACUUCCCGAAUCCGUACGUUGGCUGUUGAGCCAGAAUAGGGCCGACGAGGCUUGGAAAUCACUGACUUGGAUUCGCGGUGAUGAUGGAGAGAAAACCAUUGAGGAGUUCCACGAAACACAGCUCGGCUUGAAGGCUGAAAGUGCAGCCAAGAAGAACUUCUCUCUUCGCGAAUUGUGGGAACCGGCUAACCGUCUUCGCUUUUUCGUUGGGCCCAUGCUUUUCGUGUUCCAAAAUGCGACAGGAAGCAGUGCUCUGGCCGUCUUUGCACCCGAGUAUUUCAAACUCCUUGUUGGCAGCGGUGGUAAUCGCGACCUUCUACUUACCGGUCUCUUCGGCGCUGUAAAGUUCAUCGCUUGCACAUUCUUCAUCCUAUUCCUUGCGGAACGGUUCGGUCGCCGAAUGUUGCUUACAGGCGGAUCGGCCCUCAUGGCUGUCUGUAUGUUGAUCACUGCAUUGAUCGUCAAGUGUAUUCCGACCGAGUCGAAUACAUCAGUCACACCCGCCGGUCGAGCCACCGUCGCCAUGCUCUAUUUGGAUAUUAUGGUAUACAAUUGCUCAUGGGGCCCGGUUCCCUGGGCGUAUGUGCCAGAGAUCUUCCCUACACGAAUCCGAGCCCUGGGACUGGCAUGCAGCAUGCUAGCCCAUUGGGCCACUUCGUUCUGCUUCUCUUUCGCCAGUCCCUACAUGAUUGACAAUAUUGGGGCAAACACAUUCCUUCUAUUCAUGGCCUUCGACAUCGCCGCUACAGUAUUUUGUUUCGUCUUUGUGCGAGAAACACGCGGUCAGAACUUGGAAAUCGCUGCAGGGACAGAAUGGGACGUGGUCGAGAAGAGCCCUGAUGGCUUGGUGUCGGCAAGCGAGAGGGGCGAACUGGACACCGGUGCGCCUGCAGGAAAUACCGGGAUUGCCGUGGCACCUGGGGCCGGCAAGCAGCUGGAGGUGGUUGCAGUGCAUGACACUUAUAGUUCAAACUUUAAGCGUCGGUCGUAAGGCUCGUAUAUAAUUAGUGGUCAGUACCAGUAUGAGAGAGUACCGUGCACAUUAGAAGGGAAUUCUGGAGAUGCCAAUAGCUUGCCAUCUGCUAUAGGGGUUCGAAACGUUUCGUCCACGGACAGUAUGAGCAUAUAACGCUAUUCCACCAAAUCUAUCCCAUAAUAGAGAAUAAAGUCAGUCUU